AUGGCAAACGAAAAAGAAGAUACAAUUAUACGUGAUGAGUGUGUGGACAUCUUGUCUGAUGUUCCAUCCGAAUUUCAAGAUUGUGAGGAACUAGAAGACAUUACAUCUUCAGAAAAGGAAAAUGAAGCAAUAUCUUCGGAUGAAUCUGAAAUAUGUAGACAGAGAAUUCGGCGGACACUACUGUUACCAAAUGAUACAGAAGAAUCAGACGAAGAUAACAAUAGACAGUGGUCAGAUUUUUAUUUACCAAGAAACAAUAAUGCUUUCAAAGGAUCUUCUGGUCCUAACGGAACGACUUGUUUGAAUUUAUUAGUACCGAAACGAACAGGUACUACAAUCAAAAUUCCACCAGGAGAAAGCCCGAUAAAAAAAAGUGCAAAAUUUUUCAAUGUUACGGCAGUCGAACUAAAAAAAUGGUUUGGACUGAUUAUUCUUAUGGAAAUCGUUAAAAAACCAAGGAUUGAAGAUUAUUGGUCGACAAAUCCACUUUUAGAAACACCAAUAUUUGGUAAAACGAUGUUCCACAAUAGAUUUCGGCAAAUAUUAUCGUUUUUAUAUUUCUCGGAUAAUAGUAAAAUACCUGCCAAUGCCGACCGACUGUUUAAAGUACAAGGUAUAAUUUAUUAUUUUACAAAAAAAUUUCAAGAAAACUUCAAUCUUGGUCAAAAUAUUACAAUAGAUGAAGGAAUUAUACCAUGGCGUGGGCGAUUGAGUUUUAAAGUUUAUAAACCCUCAAAAAUUAAAAAGUACGGUAUACUUAUCCGGAUGCUGUGUGAUUCCGUUACGGGAUAUAUUUCGCGUUACAAAAUAUACUCUGGCAUUAAAAAACCUUUAAAGGAUAUAGUGAUAAAACUAUUGAAAAAUGUUACUGGAAAAUGGCAUCACUUGUAUAUGGACAACUGCUAUAACAAUGUGGAACUUGCGGAAGAUUUGCUUACGAAAAAAAUUCGCGUUUAUUCCAAGAAACUCCACUUUCAUGAUUUUUUAUUAAAAAUAUGCGAAUCUUGGAUAAAAGAUCAUUCAUCUGUUGGUAAAGAGAACUUGGAGGUCCCGAGUACAUGGCGUGCUUCCAGUCGUGAAUCAAUCAACAGAUUUACCGGCCUCGUAAACACCAGCUGA